AUGUUUAACACUGGAAAGUUCGCAGGAAAAACGGUUUUCAUCACUGGAGCCUCGAGAGGAAUCGGAAAAGAAAUUGGAUUGAAAUUGGCGAAAGAUGGAGCCAACAUUGUUGUCGCCGCCAAAACCACCACACCACAUCCAAAACUCCCGGGAACAAUUUAUACAGCGGCUGAAGAAAUGGAAAAAGCUGGUGGAAAAUCAUUGGCUUGUGUUGUUGAUGUGAGAGAUGAAGGAUCGAUUAAGGAUGCUGUUGAUCAAACUGUUAAGGUAUGUUGAUUUAUGGUGAAUGGAAGAGUGAGCUGUAAUUUUUCUGUGUAUGUAAACUAGAACAGUUUUCAAAAAUAUUACAUCAAUGCGAAAUCCCCUAGAAAAAAACAACUUUUCUUUUUUCCAGAAAUUCGGAGGAAUUGAUAUCCUCAUCAACAAUGCUUCAGCUAUUUCUUUAACCGGAACAGAAGCAACAGAAAUGAAAAGAUACGAUUUGAUGCAUUCAAUUAACACUCGUGGAACUUUCCUAAUGACCAAAAGUUGUCUGCCAUAUCUCAAACAAGGAAAAAAUUCACACGUUCUCAAUAUUUCUCCACCACUUUUGAUGGAACCAAGAUGGUUUUCAAAUCAUGUUGCUUAUACAAUGGCCAAAUAUGGAAUGUCAAUGUGUGUUUUGGGACAACAUGAAGAAUUCAGACAGUUUGGAGUUGGUGUGAAUGCUUUGUGGCCAUUGACUUCAAUUUGGACAUCAGCCAUGGAAAUGUUAUCGGAUAAAGGUGGAGAAUCUGCUAGUAGAAAGGUAUUCUUUUCUUUUGAAUUUGCAGAUUAUUUUCCUAAUUUUAGCCAGCUAUUAUGGCGGAUGCUGCUUAUGCGAUUUUAUCGAAAAAUAGCAAGGAUUUCACUGGAAACUUCUGCAUUGAUGAAGAUGUUUUGAAAGGCGAAGGAGUUACUGAUUUCGAUCAAUAUGCAUGUGCUCCAGGAAAUGAAUUGAUGCCUGAUUUCUUUAUCCCAGAUGGAAAAUAUGAUGCAUCUCUUGGAUUCAAAAAACCAUCUGAAGGUUUCAAAAAAGACGUGGUUGAUGCUGAAAUCAAACAAGUUCUUCAAUCUGCCGGAUCUUUGUUGACAUCAGAUAUUGUGAAGAAAAUCGGAAUUGUCUACGAGUUCACAUUGACAGGAAAUCCUGAGAGAAAAAUUACAAUGGAUUUGAAAAAUGGAAAUGGAUCGAUUCAAGAAGGACCAAGUGAUUCGGCCACUGUCAGGUGAAUCUUUUUUUUGAUUUUGGAUGAAUUUUGAAUUGUUUCUCCAAAAAAAUAAUCCAAAAUUUUAAGAUUCUCUUUGGCACCACAUGAUUUUGCACCACUUUUCACUGGAAAACUCAAACCAACAGCUGCUUUUAUCUCAAAGAAACUCAAGAUUAGUGGAGAUAUUAAUGGAGCAAUGAAAUUGGAAAAUUUGUUGAAGAAAAUCGCGAAGCAUUAA